AUGAACUCUUCUGUAUCGAUUUGUGUUGCUAAUUUUUAUUAUCCUAUUGUUGAAGUUUACAAUCGAGUCAGUACUCUUAUCCAUUAUAUAAUGCCAUUUGCUAUUCAAGUCACUUGUACUAUCUUGCUUCUCAUUCUUACUGCACGUAGUCGAAGUAGAACAAUGACUACAGGUCAGAACACAUUUCGACAAGUAUUUACAAAGCAAUUAUCUCCUCAGAAGGAACUGUUUGUUACUCCAACGGUUAUCAUUUUUUCUGCACUCCCACAAACAAUUCUUACAUUCAGUUUAGCUUGCACACAAUUGUCCGGUUGGAAACGGCACACACUUUUAACUGCCAUUCUUCUGACUUAUAUGCCACAAGUGCUUGGUUUCAUUCUGUAUGUUCUACCUUCACGAACAUACACGAAAGAAGAUUUUCAAAACGGCCGUAAACACUGGCAAUACCAAAGUGGGAACGAGAAAAACUUAAACUCACACGAAAAAUAUCGCUCUAACAUAUUUUUUAUUCUCCUUGAUAAUGAGUCUAGCAAACGACGACACGUUUCAAUCUUUGCUAAAGAGAGAAAAUUAUCGUCAUAUUUCUUAUGUGUAUCGGGAUGUGCUAAAAGUCAGAAAAAUGAUGAAACAUCAUGCAGUAUAGUUUUCCUGUUCAUCUUUGUUUCAAUUCUCAAGUCUCGAAACUAA